CAAUAAAAUGUUUGACUGCGUGCCAAAUAACAUUUUCUGUUAGGGCAAGGAACUGUACAUAUGAGACAUAACUGGAUGACUUUUGACACUGAGGCUUAUGACACUGCAUAUGUUCACACACUCACCAAACACAUGUAGCCAUUUUCUUUCACAUGACCUUUUGGCUUUGGUCUUAUUUUGUAGGAUUCAUAAAGCCAAUAGCUUGUACUUGGCCUAUUGAACCACCAGACAUAACGUUAGUGUAAGUUAAUGGCCCAUGGGCAAAUGGGGAUCAGGAAAUGCAAGACCAGGUGCUCACGUUAGACAACUGUUGGUUUAACGAAUAGUUUUGUACAUUUCUUAAUUUUUUAGGACGUCUGGUUUUAAUAAUCUUAAGAUACUUUACAGACUAGACUGUAUUUUAUAGGACUUGCCAUUCGAGAAUGUUCUUAAGUUCCUUCAGAGCAGCCUACAUCAGUCUCAAAACGCAGUCGCGAUCGGAAAGCGAAACCAAAAAACGACUUCUGGAAGGUUGCCGCUAGCCUGCAGGAGUUCUGUAAAACGACAUUUUGUGUAAAGCAUAGAGUACCGUAUCCUGUUUUAACGCCAGACAUACGACUACAGAAGUUGGUAAUUAUAGCAGUAAUAAUCACGACGUUGCGAUAGUUAGACCUGCACAAGAACAAUGAACAGCAUUGGACCAGCUGAAUUGAGGAUUGUACUGCUUGGUAAAACUGGCGUGGGGAAGAGUGCCACAGGAAACACCAUUCUGGGACGAGAUGUGUUUCAUUCUGCUUCUGGUUUGUCUUCAGUUACCAACCAAUGUCAACAGGAAACUGCUGUUAUUGGAGAGCAGACCAUUUCUGUUGUUGACACUCCAGACUUCUUCUAUUCAACACACACAGAGGACUUGGACUCAGAGAUCAGGAGAAGUAUUACUCUGUGUGGCCCGGGGCCUCAUGCCUUUGUUUAUGUUCUGAAGCUGGAAACAUUCACAGAGCAAGAGGCAGAUGUAGUGUCUGUGAUUCAGAAACGAUUUGGGGAGGCUGCAGAUAAGUACACCACUAUUGUGUUCACUCAUGCAGAUAAACUGAAUGGUGCAAACCUGGAGAAAUUUGCAGAGGACAAUCCACUCUUAUUAGACCCAAAUGGUGAUCGAUAUCCCAUAUUUAAUAAUAAAGACCGAGCAAACAGGCAGCAGGUAACUGAGCUGCUGGAGAAGAUCAGCAGAAUGGUGACAGAGAAUGAAGGGCGCCACUACACAAUGGAGAUGCUUGAUGAGGCAGAAAGAAAGGCAGAGGAAGAGAUAGAGAUGCUGCGAAAGGAGAUACACAGGAAGGAAGAGAGGAAGAGGGAGGAGGAGCAGAGGGAGUUAGAGAGGAUAGAGAGAGAGACAAAGGUGCGUGUAUUCAAAGAGUUGGAAGAGAAACGUCAAAGACAGAUGGCUGAAGAAAAAUCGAUGAGAGAAAAUAAGAAACAAAUGAAACAGGACAAGACAAUUCAAGAGAAAUCCAAACUACCAUGCUGGAGAAGGAAGUUAACCAGUUUACAGUUGAACCCAAAACAUAUAUACAUUUUAGGUGUGCUUGUUGCAUUUACAAUGGGAGGUGUUUCUGGUGGAAAACAAGGAACUUUCUACUUUACCGUGUUUGUGAAAGGCAGCGUAAUAGCACUUUUAGCUGAAGGAGUUGGGGGUGUAUCAUACAUAAUAUGGGAUAUAACAUUAACAAGACAAUAUCGGCUUCCUCUUAGGAAUGAAAUGCAGAAGUUAAGUAUAACAGUGUUGGGUAUCACCAUAGCCUCAGGGUUUGGUGGAGGGUUAGGGUUUUGUUUAGGAAACACACUUGCCAUAGAAGGAGCUGCAAUAGGUGGAUUAGCUGGACUGUUUGGGGCAGUUGGAGCCAUCGCAUUGAAAAAAAAAGGAAAAAUCUAACAAGUAAUCUGUCUCUAUUUAUGUAACAUAAUAUACAUUUUUAACUGGGAUCAUCCAGAAAACUUUUUUUGGUGACUAAGCUCUAAAAAACAACUUAAAUUCUAAAAAAGAUAAGCCACUAAUCAUACAAAAUACAGAAUC